AUGUCAGGGCACUCCCUGGUCGCUGGCUCCUUUGUGGUAGCAGACUAUGUGGUGUUUGCUGUCAUGCUCCUGGUGUCGGCUGCCGUCGGGGUCUACUACGCCUGGGUGGACAGGGGCCAGCGAAGCUCGGGGGACUUCCUAAUGGGGGGUCGAAGACUGACUGCCCUGCCUGUCUCCCUGUCCCUGACCGCCAGCUUCAUGUCAGCCAUCACAGUGCUGUCCAACCCAGCCGAGGUAUACCGCUACGGAGCCAAUAUAGGAUUUUAUGGUCUGGCCUAUGUCAUAACGAUGGUGGUCACAUCUGAGAUCUUUCUCCCAGUCUUUUACAGGCUGGCCAUCACCAGUACGUAUGAGUAUUUGGAGCUGCGUUUCAGCAGAGCGACCCGUCUGCUGGGAACUGUGCUCUUCAUUGUUCAGACAAUCCUCUACACUGGAAUCGUCAUUUAUGCCCCAGCUCUUGCUUUAAACCAAGUCACUGGGAUGGAUCUGUGGGGUGCAGUUGUUUCCACAGGCGUGGUCUGUACCUUUUACUGCACAAUGGGCGGUCUGAAGGCGGUGGUGUGGACAGAUGUGUUUCAGCUUGGCGUCAUGCUUGCAGGCUUCCUGUCUGUCGUCAUCAGGUCCGUGGUCGUUCAAGGUGGAGUCCUCCCCAUCAUUUCAGAUUCAAAACAGGGAGGGAGACUCAACUUUUGGGACUUUGACACAAACCCUCUGAGAAGACACACUUUUUGGACCAUAACCAUUGGCGGGACAUUUGUCUGGGUCAGUAUCUAUGGGAUCAACCAGGCCCAGGUUCAGAGAUACAUCUCCUGCAAGAGCAUCACUCAUGCCAGACUAUCUCUGUACAUCAAUCUGUUCGGCUUGUGGUCCAUCUUGCUGUGCUCAGUGUUUGCAGGAAUGGGCCUCUUCUCAGUCUAUAAGAACUGCGACCCAUGGACAGCUGGGCUGGUUACUGCUCCUGACCAGUUGAUGCCCUAUUUGGUGAUGGACAUCCUGGGAGACUAUCCUGGCCUUCCUGGACUGUUUGUUGCUGCUGCAUAUAGUGGAUCUCUCAGCACAGUGUCAUCCAGCAUCAACGCACUGUCUGCAGUGACAGUGGAGGACCUGAUCAAACCGUACACUAACAUAUCUGAGAGACAUCUGUCCUGGAUCGCAAAAGGACUGAGUCUCAUAUAUGGGGUUUUAUGCAUUGGAAUGGCUGGAUUGGCUUCACUCCUGGGAGGCAUCUUGCAGGCAGUCAUCAGUAUAUUUGGGAUCACUGGAGGUCCUUUACUUGGUGUGUUUACGUUGGGUAUCCUCUGUCCAUAUGUCAACUCCAAAGGAGCAUUGUCAGGUCUCGUGUCGGGGUUGGUAGUGGCUCUGUGGGUGGGCAUCGGAGCCCAGAUAUACCCCCCACCCCCCGAGAUGAGCCGACCUCUGUCACUGACCACUGAGGGCUGUAACUUCACUACAACAGACAGCCUCAACUGGACCUCCACUGCUCUACCAACACAGCCAGCUUCCAUCAGCACAGCCCCGGUACACAGCACUGAUGGCAAGCCUAUGCUGGCAGAUAACUGGUACUCUCUGUCCUACCUUUACUUCAGUCCUAUUGGAACCAUCAUAGCUAUCAGUGUGGGCCUGUUAGUCAGCCUGUUUACAGGAGGCUGGAAGCUGAAGGUGGAAUCAAAGCUUACAUUAAUGAAAGAAGACACAACACUUUAUCACCUGUUCAGGUGGUGUAAAGAUAGAGUCAUGAGACGAACAGGAAAGCUUGACCUGACCAGAGACAGAGGGGAGAGAACUGGCAGCACUAAUCCUGCUUUCUGUGACGUAGAGCUAAACUCAACAAAAAGCAGCAUUACCCCAUGA